AUGAAAAAUUCAGAAGAAAACUUAAAUUUCAGCGAAGCUUCAUCAGAAGACGAUGAAAAAUCAACUGAAGACGACAAGAAUAAUCUUGCAAUCGAAAUCGACACAACGUUAACUGUUAAAUUACAAAAUUCCCCCAUGUUAAAAAAUCAAACGGCGAAAAAGAGAAUCAACAUCGAAAUGACAAGUGAAUCUUAUUUUACCGACAAUUUCAUGAGCAGUGGACAUGCUUCUAUUGAUCUAGAGACACAGAAUCAAACAAGCAUUGUUAACCUUCCUGGAGACGUAUUUGAGGUUAUCUUUAAAUUGAUGCAAAUUGUUGGAGGCUCCAACACAAUAUUGCGAUCAUUUGUGCUAAUAAUAGGCAUAAAUAGUCUCAGAAAAAUUACUGAAAAUCCUGAAUUUUUCAAUGUUCCGUUUAAAAAUAUUGAAUUAGAUUUUGAACAUUUGAAUAACUACAAAGAAGUCUCGAUUGUAUUUGAGGAUUUUAAAGCUUCAGUCGAGACUCUGAAACUUAAAAAUGUAAACUUAAAAAGCUAUCACGAAUUUUCAGAUUUUAUUGUUAAUUCACCAAACAUAAAAUCAUUAACUUUUGAAAAUUGUUGUAUCCAGAAUCUUUACAAUGAAGUUUUGCCGACAAUAUUGAGUCUUCGGACAAUUUCGAUCAUAAAUUGCAAUGAAAAUGUUUUUAAAGUUUGUCAAUUUCAGACAACAUUAGUGAAAAUUUCAAUACAAAGCGAUGCAAUUGAACUUCCAAGUGAAUUAUUUUAUAAAAUUUCAAAGAAUUUUGUCAAUCUAGAGCACCUUAUUUUAUUGGGUCAAGGUACAAGAAGCUUCUUUGAUUCUCAAAAUUAUCCUUUAAAGUUGAAGAAACUAGAGGCAACAAUGUUAACUUACAAUUGGUACAUUGGAAUGAAAACACAGAGAAUAAAGUUUUUAACAAGCCAACUCGGAUAUUUAAAGGAACUUAAAAUUCAUCAAUUUCCAAAUGACUUCGAUGGCGGUCGUGUUCUUAAAUUUAUACUUAACCACAUGAAUCUAGAAACUAUUUAUUAUGGAAAGAUUCCUUUAGUACUGCAUGGACAGAAGCAGGAAGUGAAGAGAUUUGAAGCAUCAGAAACUCAAAUUUGCAGUACCUUUGAAAUGUUUGAGCAGUUUCCUUCCAUCACAUCCUUUCUAUUAAAUCUAUCAACAAUGGAUAUAGCAACACAAGAAAUUGAAAAAAUUGUCAAUCCUAGAACAAAUUUAUUUGACUGGAUCGAAGAGUUUGAAGUUGUUGAUAACAGUUUUCCGAGGAACAUCUUCGGUGUCUUUUUGGGACUUUUAAAUAAUUUGAGGAACAUCAAAAAAUUAACACUAAAAACACAAGAUAUCAACAUUAAUGUCUUAUUAGAAGAGUUUCUGCCGAAAAUGAAAAAAUUGUCUGAAAUUUAUAUAACAUCAACCGAUCGAAGAUAUGUUAAAAGGUUUGAGGUGAUUAAAGCAUUUGUUCCAAAUUUAAAGAAGCUGUGCAUUUCACAGGAACUUGUGAAAGAAGCUAGACAAAUUUUUGAUGGUGGCGUGGAAAUUAUUGGAAUAAAUUAA